UUAGAUCGUUUACUAUAGCAGUAUUCUUGUGGACAUGGAAACCGAUGGAUCGACUAACAAUUGAACAGGAUCGUUGACGUUAGUCGGUGUAUGGCCAUAUCAGAAAAAAUUUUUCAAAACUUGCAUACGAUUCGUCACGUUCACCAUAAUGAUUUUUAGCCUUGCAACACAGAUAUCACGAGUAAUAGUUUUCUACAGUUUGGAUGUUCUAUCAGAUCAAUUGCCGUACAUCAAUGCAGGAAUUGUCACCUUAUUCAAGCAAUACAACUAUAUUCUAAACGAGGAUAAGCUCAGAGAACUUUUACACGACAUUGUAUCCGACCGAUUGAUAGAACGAUCGAAGGAGGAGUUAGAAAUUUUGGAAAUGUAUUCAAGAAGGACAACAGCCCUCUGCGCUCUUUACAAAGUUAUGGUAUAUUCCUGCGCGUUCAUGUUCCUCGUCAUACCGACUAUACCGCCCAUUCUGAACAUCGUAGCGCCUUUGAACGUGUCACGAAGCCGUGAAUUUAUCUAUCCGACCUAUUAUUUCGUAGACGAGCAGAAAUAUUAUUAUCCCAUAUUGACGCAUAUGAUAGCAGUGAUAUUGGUACUUUCUUCUGUAUAUCUGGCCUGCGAUACGAAUUUGGUACAAAUUGUCCAUCAUGGAUGCGCCUUGUUAGCUAUCAGUGGGUAUCAUUUCAAGCAUGCAGUGGAUGAUGUAAAGUUUUGCGACGGAUAUUAUAUCGACGCCUCGAUGGAUGAAACUUACGUGAAAAUUCGGCAAUCGAUUAAAGCCCAUAAAACGGCCGUUCAAUACGUGGAUAAAAUAGACGCCUGCCACAUACAUUACUUCUUACUUGUCAUAGGAAUGAUAGUAUUAGCUUUCACCGGUACUUUCCUAAAGUUGUCGACCAUGGAAGUGGGGAUAAGAUUCUUUACAUUCUGCGCAUACACUAUAGCUCAAUUAAUUCAUCUGUUUUUCUUAACGAUUAUGGGACAGUUUCUCAUAAAUGCCAAUGAAGAAACUUUCAAAACAAUAUAUGAAGCGGAUUGGUAUAAUGGUUCGUCGAAAAUGCAAUCAUUAUACGUAUUGGUACUUCGAAAAUGCUUGAGUCCGCCAAAAUUGACGGGAGGGGGAUUUGUUGCUUUGAAUUUAGACAGCUUUGUACAGAUUCUGAAAGCAUCAUUUUCCUAUUACACUGUAUUUAGAUCUUAAUAAAUUGGAUUAAAGAUAUAAAAUAGAAAAUUCAAAGAAUUUGUUGAUGCAACUUAUUAGUAUUUAUAGCUAUUUGUAUAAUAACAUAUUAAUUAUUAUUAUAGAGUUAAUUAGAGUUAGUUAUUUGUUGUUUUACGCAUAAAGUAUAUUUAUGUAUUAAAUAAAUGUCAUAUCUUUUUUUCCUCUAA